AUGCCACUCAAGACUGGCCACCCGAUCUUUGUCGAGCAGCUCCGCCCGCAGUACACGUGGGUGCCGAACGCGACGCGCAGUGUCUGCUACCUCUGCAAGCGGCGCUUUGGCCUCUUUCGUCACAAGAAGAACUGCCGCGUCUGUGGUGAAGUUGUCUGCAGCAGCUGCACGCAAAAGAAGCAGUCGGUCGUUCUGGACGUGACGGGCUUCACCAAGACGCGCGUCUGCUUUGCGUGCAUCGUCGCGUGUACGCUGCCACCGGCGGGCUCGAGCAUUGCCGACCGCCACCAAGUCCACCCGAUGGACACGACGCACGACUGCGUGCCGCGCGGGUCGCUCCUUCGGACGUCGUCGCACGGGAAGCACCGGCAGUUGCACCACGCACUCGUGCCGCACCCGGCGCAUGGUCCGACGAUCCGCGCCGAGAACGGAGCAAUUCUGCGCCAGAGCUACAUCCACCUGACGCCGAAAGCGUGGGACUACGAGCACUUUGGCAACAACUUUGUCGAUACGGCGCGUAAGACCGAGACGCGGCCAACGUCGAUUCGGUACUCGGACAUUCUCGGCAAGGGCACCCACGGUCCGAUCAAGCUCCUCGAGAGCGAGAAGGGGUCGCCGACCUCGGCCGAGACCCGCAACACGCUCGUGCUGCAGCCGGCGCUGCCGCAGCCGCUGCUCGUGGCCGAGGCCAAGGCGGCAUCGAGCUCGCCGACCAAGCCCACCUCGAUGGUGCUCCACCUCCAGCACGACAUGACGUACGGCUACCCGCUGGACUUUGACUGGGACUUUGCGUGGCCCAAGCCGCCGACGGUUGCGUUUGAGAAGCAGCGCCUCGACGAGCUCUUCAACUUUGACAUUCUCGAUGGCAAGCAAGACGACGUGCUCGACAUCAUUUGCGACCUCGCGGCGCAGCGGCUCGAGGCGCCGUUGGCGGCCGUGAGUUUUAUCGACCACGACCACCAGUACUUUAAAGCGUCGACGGGCUGGCGCAUCGCCGAUGUGCCGCGCAACCAAGCGUUCUGCGCCCACGUGCUCCGCAUCAAAGCGCCCCUUGCGGUCAACGACACGCGUCUUGAUGCGCGGUUUGACCAGAACCCGCUCGUGACCGGCCCGCACGCCGUCCGUUCGUACCUCGCGGCACCGAUUCUGUCGCCUGUCUCGCACCUUGUGCUCGGCACGGUCUUCAUCAUGGACACCGAGGUGCGGACGUUCUCAAGUGCGCAAAUCGACACCAUUGAGCGCUUGGCGAUCGCGGCCGCGAGCCACAUUGACUCGCACAAGUACCAUAGCAAGACGGCGGCGGCACCGGUGGCCGAGAAGACCACGGUCACCGAGGCCAAAGCGGCGGCUACGAUCGAAGUACCGACCGAGACGACGGCCAAGGACAAGGACAUGGCGGUGAUGCUCCAGGGUCUCUUGCAGAAGACGACGCAGACGCAACAAGAAGUCGCGACGCGCGGCAGCGCCAUGUCGCACACGUCGUCGGAAGCCUUUGAAGUCGACUAA